UAUAUAUAUUAAUGGGAAGGAAAAAUAGAGACUUGUCUUAUUUGAAACCCUUUUGUUUUUACUGUGACAAAACAUUUAAAAAUGAAGUGUACUUGCAUUAGCAUUAAAAAGCAAAACAUUUUACUUGCUAAAGAUGCUUUAAGAAGUUUUCAUCAUGUGAUUCAUUAAAAAACCAUGUAGAAUCAGCUCAUCAUGAGGUUUUGACUAAGUAAUUGGAAAUUAUCUUAUUCUAGAAUUCCAAAUGCCACCGGUGAUAGAAGUGACAUUAAAAAUAAGAUUUUUGGAAUGCAAGGAGUACCAAGAGUGGAAAUUGAAAAGAGGAUAAGAAAAGGAGCCGAAGAAUAUUGGACCAAGAUACUCAGUGCUCAAUAUUAGCAAAGAAGAAAAGAAAAUAAAUAAAGAAUGAAGUAAAACAAGGAAAUAAGCAAAAAAGAAAAUUAAUAGGAUGUUAAAAUUGAUGUAAUAUUAAAUUGUAUGAAUAGAAUGAAAAAGAAGAAGUUGAGUAACAUGAAUAUAAUCCAGAAGCAAAACCCAUCAGUUUUGACCUAGAUUAUGAGUAAUUGCAAAAACAAUGAUGUAUUAUAUACCUCAUCCAGC